UAAGUUUUUUCGAAUGUUUUUAAUCAUAGAAUAGAAAUAUAAUAGUCAAACAUUAUUCUUGUAAAAUAUUUUGAUAUCUCUUUUACCCUAUAUGUGCUCCGGGUAUGUCUUUUUUUUAUUUAACUCCGGUAAAAGGCGACUUACCAAUAUAUUUGUUAGAAAAUAUAGUUAUUAAGAGAUUGGAUUUUUUAAAGAGUUUUAUUAAGAAGCAAAACAUCGUUUACAACGAAUAUGUUAUGGAAGGAAGUGUGUAUGAUACUGUGGGCCAUUAUAUGCUUUGUAUCAUAGUUAUUUUAGAAGGUAACUCGGAAUUUACACAGUUUUUCAUAAAAGCUGAAGAAUCAUUGUUUAUACACAGAUUAAAAACACUUGCUGCCUAUGAUUUGAGAUGUUUUGCUAAAAAACUUCUUCGUAUUAUUAGAAAACAUCCAACAAAUUUAAAUUUUCUUAAUUCUCUCAGUUCACUUUGUCAACAUUUAAUAUUAAAGCAUGUUGUACAUCAUAUCUGCUCUGAUACAUGUGUCGAAAACUGUUCCCUACAUUCAAUAAAAGUAUAUUUUAAACAUUGCCUCACAUUUAUAGCUAAGAGACAAGUCGAAAUUAAACAUGGCAUAGCUUAUAUACCUUGUAGCAAAUGGAAGAUUUACUUAAUACAAUUAUUUAAAGACAAUCUUAGAAAUAGAUUGUCUCGAACAAAUUUAGAUAGCUUACACAAUGAUCCAAGGAUAAUUGACAUCAGGAGAUUAGUCAGAAAAGAAAUUCCAAUAUUAAAUAAUUCUGAGAAUAAUAUUUUAACAAGUAAUGAAGUUGAUAAUUGUUCUAAACACUUUCCCCCUUGUAUGCUUAACUUCCAUCAAAGUCUACGAAAUAAGCACAGAUUAUCACACAAUCAGAGAUUCUCUUAUAGUUUAUUUUUAAAAGACAUUGGUAUGCCGGUGGAAGAGGCUGUAAAAUUUUGGAGAAAUGAAUACCAACAAGUCCCUAAUGGUAAACAUAAAUGUUGCCAUAGUUGGAAAAAUGAUGAGAAGAAAUUUAUUUAUGGAAUAAGGCACUUAUAUGGAUUAGAGGGUGGUAAAAAAAGUUAUUCAUCUGGAAACUGCUUACGUUUGCAAGGCUUUACUGAAGGCAGCUGCCCAUUCAAAACUUUUGACAGUGAAGCAAUAUUGCAGCUAUUAGAUAUAAAAAAAACUGAUCCCUCAUGGUCACAAAUGAAGAAACUUCAAGAACAACAUCAGUACACAUGUGCUUGUAAGUUGUAUUUUCAAAAGAGAUUUCACCGUGUCUCAAAUAAUGUCUGUGAUAGUAACUUUAAUUUCAGUCCUGUUAAGUAUUACUUUGCAACAAAAUGUUAA